AUGGAUAGUUUGUCUCAAUUUUCUUUGAAAAAUAAAAUUUCUUCUGUUGUUGUUGAUAAUUGUACUACAAAUGAUGAUAUGAUCAAUGUUUUAUUGGAGAAAUUAGAAAGUAGUUGCUUGGUGUUAAAUGGAGAUUUUUUGCACAUGAGAUGUAGUGCUCAUAUUCUAAACUUGAUUGUGAAAGAUGGUUUAGAAGCGAUUGAUCAUGCAAUUGUCAAAGUAAGAGAGUGUAUAGCAUUUUGGAUGUCUACCCCUAAAAGGAUUGAAAAAUUUGAGGAAGCUUGUCGUCUUUUGAAUGUGACUAAAACUAAAAGAGUGGGUCUUGAUUGUAAAACUAGGUGGAAUUCUACUUAUUUGAUGCUUGAAUCUAGUUUUCCUUUCAAGGAUGUUUUUAAUAAGUUGAAACGUCUAAAUAAAAGGCUUAAGUUUUCUGUUCCUAGUGAUAACGAUUGGACUAUGGCUACUCUUGUUUGUCAAAAGUUGGAAAUAUUCUACAAGGCAACCAAGGUUUUUUCUAUUAGAAAUCAUCCAACUACUAAUUUAUUUUUUCGAAUUGUUUGUGAGAUUAGACUUGCUUUAAAUCGUUGGGUGCAAACCGAUAAUCAUGAGGUUAUUAGGACAAUGGCUAAGAGUAUGGUUGAAAAAUUUGACAAAUAUUGGUCACAUAUUAAUGGGAUUUUAGCUAUUGCUGCCAUUUUAGAUCCUAGAAACAAAAUGGAUUGUGUGGCUCAUUAUUUUGGAAAAUUAUAUGGAGAUGAUGCUAAUAGUGAAAUGACAAGAAUGAGAAAGACCCUUGAUAAUCUUGUCCAUGAGUUUCAAAAUAAGAAUGAGGUAGUGAAUGAACCAUCACCAUUAAAGUGA